CUCUCAUUAAUUCUCUCCGGUUUGGUAUCACGGAUGAGACAUGAAGAAACCAAGAAAUGGGCAUUCGAUUGUGUACGUGACAUGUCGAAACGAAUGCAACAAUGGCAGGAACGAGGCCGUCAAAACGAACAGAGACGCCAUCAAGAACAACAGAUUUAUGAAUGCAAAGAGCAUCUACGAACUCUCCUUGUCUCUCAUCAUCUCUCUUUGGUGCCUCAGUUUCUUGUUCUACUUUCGGCUCGGUCAUAGCCAUGAAAAUGGAGGAAAUUCACAUCCUGAGAACCAAACCGCAUGUUCUCCAAGUGUUGGCCAUGGAAUGCUGUGCGAUGAUGCAGAUAGAGAAGAUAACUGCACCAAUGGAAUGCUUUUAGAGAUGAAUAAGUCGGUGAGUUAUAAUAACACCACUGUUUACAAGAACUUUGUCAAGUAUGAGUACUCCUUUUGCAAAACAAGUAGGCUUGAUGAGGUGAUCCUCAAAGUUUUGGGGUACACUGCCUUUAGUUGCGACAUCGUUGAACAAGAGGAGCAUGAUGCAAGACAACAAUUGGAGCAACCUAAUCUGAAAGCCCCUUCGGCUUAUAUCAAGUUAGAUGAAUUCCGGAACAUAACUAUGCGAGCGAAAGAGGGCGAUCCUCCUGGUACGUUUAAGAUCACUCAUCGUCUAGAAUCCGACGGUUCGGAGUACAAUUAUGCUUCUGCCUUAAAAGGCGCUAAAGUGGUUGCACAUAACAAAGAAGCAAAAGGAGCAAACAACAUUCUGGGAAAAGAUCAUGAUCAGUAUCUGAGAAAUCCUUGUACCGUGGAAGGCAAGUUUGUUGUGAUUGAACUAGCUGAAGAGACUCUGGUUGAUGCCGUCAAAAUCGCGAAUUUCGAACACCAUUCUUCGAACUUCAAGGAAUUCGAGCUGUAUGGUAGCAUGAAUUAUCCAACUGAUACAUGGUCCCCAUUAGGGAAGUUUGUUGCAGCAAAUGUCAAGCAAAUCCAAACCUUUACACUCUCUGAACCAAAAUGGCUGAGGUAUCUGAAGCUAAAUCUGCUAAGUCAUUACGGUUCGGAGUUUUACUGCACUCUGAGUGCCGUCGAGGUAUACGGCGUCGAUGCGAUCGAGAGGAUGCUGGAGGAUCUGUUUGUUCCGUCCGAACAACAUGCCAUGAAGCUGGCGGAUUCUAACUCAACAGGGCCUUGUGCAAAACCAGUUGCUAGUUCCCAUGAUGGUAAAAGAAACGAUGAGGCUCAAACCGCUACUUCAAGGACAGAAAAUGCUGAGGAUGUUAAAAAAUUCAACGAAACUAGUCGAAGGAUUCCUGAUCCUUUGACUGAAAUCAAACAACUGCCUGUUGGAAGGAUACCAAGUGACACUGUGUUGAAGAUUUUGAUGCAGAAAGUAAGGUCUCUUGAUUUGAACUUGUCUGUUUUGGAAGAGUACAUCAAAGAGUUGAACCGAAGAGAAGCUGAUGUGUUACCAGAGAUCAAUUCAGAGUUGUCAAGAAUUUCUCUACUUUUGGAGAAAAGCAAAACGGAAAUCAAAGAUCUUAUGCGUUGGAAAGAGGCAAUGGAAAGAGAAUUUGCAGACCUUCAAUCAUGGAAAGCUGUUGUCUCUUCAAGUAUAGACGCAUUGGUUAGAGAAAACAUGAUGUUAAGGUUGGAUAUUGAAAAGGUUGUGAAAGAUCAAGCAAGUUUGGAGACUAAAGAACUUGUAAUAUUAGUCUUAAGUCUUUUCUUUGUAUGCAUUUCGGUUGUCAAGUUAGUUUCGAGCCGAGUCAUGGCGGUUUUGGGAUCGUCGACCAAUCCAUCCGAUAAGGUUUACCGGACGAGCCGAGGUUGGGUUUUGAUACUUGUUAGCAGCAGCAUGACAAUAUUCAUUACCUUGCUCUCUGGAUAAUUGAGUGUUAGCUGUAGGGAUAUACGUUUAUUGGGUUAUUUGGUUAGGCAUUUAGCUUAAGAAAACAGAACUCAAUGUAACUGAGUGUAGUUUUCUAUAUCAGGGACUAUGACUUGCUA